CCGCCCAUUCCUUAGUGUACACAGCUUGUACACGGGCUCCGUCUGGAACGUUGCAGCGAAACGGAUGUGACUGCAUCGCGGAUCUGCCGGACUGGAGACGGGUCUGGCCCAGAGUCAGCUGCUGUCCGGAUCCAUUCAGAGUGCCGGGGGUGUUAAUACGCCGUUCGAGACUGUCGUUUUGAAGCGUUUGGAAGGUCACCGGUGUCCUUUUAGAUGCGGAGGCGUUCGAUUCGUUCGGCGCUGUCAGACCGGACCUGCUCAGACGUUUUUGGCGGCAGCUACCUGAUCAUUACCUGAGAGCAGUUGGUUGUCUGCUGGCGGCGAAAUGUGGCGCAGAUUCUCGCUGCUGAUUUUCUGUUGUGCUGUGAGAGGACUCGAUGCUCUGGAGGCGGACAGAAGCGCGGAGCCCUCGCUAGAGAAGAUGCUGCUGGCCGAAGCAGCAGUGCCGGGCGGGGCGGACCAGGAUGCUCCCUCCGCGCGUAAAGCUGGGGACAGUCCGCGGGAAGGAGAGCGGCAGUCCCCGUGGAGAGGCGCUCCUGUUGCAGGUGCGGAAGGGAGAGAUCAGCAGCCCGCGGCCGAGCCUUUGGAGGAUGAGCUGGACAACCAGGAGAACAUCAUUAGCCAGUUGCUGGGUGAUUACGACAAAGUGAAGACUGUAUCAUCAGGGUCCGACUGUGUGUGUCGCUGUAUUGUGCGACCGAUCAGACGCUCUGACUGCAGCCGAAUCCACGACAGCGACGCAAGCUCACUGCCCCAGGAUUUUUACACUGUGGAGACGGUUACCAAGGGAACAGACUGCAAGAACUGUGUGUGCAUGGCUCCACCUUCAGCCGUCAACCCCUGUGAGGGAGAGUACAGGUUUAAAAAACUACAGGAGGCCAGCAAGGAUGACAUUAAGCUGGCAACUAUUAUCGACUUGUUGGAGGGCUCUCUGUAUGGAAUGGACUUGUUAAAGCUCCACUCUGUCACCACCAAACUGCUGACCAGGAUGGACAACAUGGAAAAAGCCUUUGCCCGUAAUUUUACAGAGAGAGCAAGAGAGAAAGAACGUGUGAAGGAAAGAGCGAAAGAAAAGGAGAAAGAGAAGAAGGCCCAGCAGAAAAAAAAGAAAGUGAAUGAUUUGGACAAUGCCGGACAGAAAAGUCAAGCACCUGCCUACACCAACAAGCAGAAGAAUUAUGAAGGUCAGCUGAAGAAGAACCAACAGCAAGAUGGUCUGGAACAACAACAGCCAACCAGGAAUAAGACAGGAACUCAAAAGCCAAUCAAGGAAAAGACAGAGCCAAAGCAGCCAGUUAAAGACAAGAACAGUGUGGUCAUCAGGGGCAUGACCUUUUAUAAGGCAGAAGAAGAGAGCUAUAAGGAGGAUGAGAGAGGAAGAAGAAAAAAUACAACUCUAACUGCAAAUACUUCAAUGGACUUAAUGACUUAUGACCAGCCCCCACCUGCCAGGACUUUGCCCAUCCAGAAUCCGGGACCUGCACCCACUGUUAGCACAGAACCAGACUACAAGGACCUAUCAAGGAGACUAGGCAGUCCUGCACCAACCCAGCGACCAACAGAUCACUCAAAUACCACCAAACAACCCACAACUGCAACCAAACCAGUUCCCACUACCAUGAAACCAACGACUGAAACAACAACACCAAAACCAACAACAACCAAACUGACAACUACUUCCCGACAAACUACGACUCUUAGAACUACUAUUCAGCCUACCACACCUAUCACUCAACAUAGCACCUCAGCUUCAGAUACCAGUAUAGAUCCUCCCAUUGAGGUGUCUGCCACGGCAGAGUCUCGGCUGGGACCCAAACGCAGACUCAGCUGGACAGAGAGCCCAGCUGACCAACCAAAGACCACCAAAAAGCCUGGGCUGUGUAAGGACACAGUAGCCAGCCUCUCCGAUCCAGUCCAGCACAACUCUUAUGGCCUGAGUGACGGAGCCUGGAUGAGAGAUGCACGUGGCCAUGGCAACGUCAUCUACCUCACCAAUGGUCACUACGGCAACAACCUCCUAGAGUUCCGAGACAUGGACACUUUCAAAUCAGGUCAUGCGAGCAAUUCAUACAAGCUGCCCUACAGUUUCACUGGAGCGGGCCACGUUGUGUUUAAUGGGGCUUUCUACUACAACCGUGCGUUCAGCAGGGAUGUCAUCAGAUAUGACCUGAGACACAGAUAUGUAGCUGCCUGGACCACACUGCACGAUGCUUUACUGGAGGAGCAAGCUCACAGGACAAUAACCGAAGUGGAGUUUGCUGUUGAUGAGUCCGGCCUUUGGUUACUCUACCCUGCUCUGGACACCGAGGGCUUUCACCAGGAAGUAAUCCUGCUCACCCAUCUCCACCCCCGUGACCUUCAACCGAUACGGAGCUUCCGCACAGGUCUUAGGCGUGGUCGCUACGGAAACAGUUUCCUGGUUUGUGGCGUGCUUUAUGCUGUGGACAGUAUGGAGCGUCACUACGCCAACGUGACAUACGCUUUUGACACACACACACUCACACACACCGUGCCGAGCCUUGCGUUCACGAACAUGCAUGCACACACAUCCCAGCUGGCCUACUGUCCGCUGGACAAGAAACUGUACGCAUGGGACGAUGGACAUCAGAUGAUGUAUGAUGUCAUCUUCGCGUAUUAGCACAAUGAAUGGACACAAGAUGGAAGAAAUUAUGGUUAGAUGGAUGGUCCGAACAAAGCUGAGGAGAGAAGAAAUACGAUAACAGCUGAACAGAUAUUUGAUCAGUUUUUAGUGUCUCAACGACUGUGGAUCAGUCUAAGUGAAUGUAUUUUAGUAUCGACCUCAGCUCCUCCAGCCGCACACACCAAGGUCAGUAUUAACCAUCCAGGGCCCCAUUUCUCCCGAUCAAUCUUAGAGGGUGAGAGGGUUUUUCUAGGAGCAUUUCUACCAAUGCUCUUAAAUUUCUAGAACUUAAGAGCUUCAGUGGUGCUGAAGAUGACGUUGAAUACAUUUAAGAUAAUUUUGCUUAUUUAACUGUCUAUAAGCCUUACUCUAUAUUAAAAAUACAUCCAUCACCAAGCAUAAGUGUUGAAAACAACACAAAGAAAUGUUUUAUACUUGGAAUUGUCCAGCAUGAAAAUGAAACUUAGUGUGCAGUACAGUACAGCUUCCAGCUUGCUGCCCUCUGUAAUUCAUGAUCCUGGGUGGAAGUUUAAGAAAGUAAACUCUGAUUGAUUUAGCUGCUGCUUGAGGCAGAUGUUAUACUCUUAAACUCACAUUAAGCCUAAAAUGAAGCAGUGGUGAGUCCUGCACUGCUGCAUCUACAUCUUCAGUUAUGAUGCUUUUGAAAAACACGUCUUAAGCUUAAGAGGGUUAGUAAGAUUGAUUUUACCAUCACCUUAGCCUUAGCCAGAGUGGCACUUAACUCACAAGAGAAGCCAAAAAACAAGUGGAAAUAUAUAUAAAUAUCUUUAUACAGUGACCAGCCACAACAUUAAAAUCAGUUACCGGUUUUAAUGUUGCGGCUGGUCAGUAUAUAUAUAUAUUUAUAUAUAAUGUAUAAAUAUAAAAUCAGGCAAAAUCGGUCUUUUAUCUGAUAUACAAUGUUCAGCUCCAGAGGGUAAAAACCGAUUCUGGUAAUGACCAAAGAUACAAAUAGGGUCAUACUUUAAGUGUUGCACACAACGUCACUAUAAGGCCUUUAUUAUCAGUGUGUAAGGAAGCUUGAAAUCCUUUCUGAUUUGAUCAAAAUCUAUACUCUGUGUUUUUAUAAUGUAUGUCUGCUUAGCGUGUUGCCUGUGUACUUUUACUCCUGUCAAAUUAUGUUCCCAUCAUAAGCUUUAGUACAGGUGACAAUGGAAGCUCUAACCAUGAUACUGUUAGUGUUUCAUCUGCCAUUGACGUUCAGUCAUUUACAGCAGAUUUGAAGCUAACACAUGCUCCUCACAGCUUUACUUUUUUUUUAAAAAU